AUGUCCACCCUUCAAGCUGUCCGCUAUUCUCGCGGCAAGCUCGAGGUCCUUGACCAGCUCCGCCUCCCGCACGAAUUCCACUAUGACCAAGUCUCAACCCGCCAGGAAGCCUUCGACAGCAUUGCCUCGAUGCGAACCCGUGGCGCCCCUGCCAUUGCCAUCGUCGCCAGUCUUGGGCUUGCCGUUGAGCUAUUCAAUGGCCCCGUAGCUGCUGACUCGCCUCAGCAAGUCAUUGCCCACAUCGACGAAGCGCUUGACUAUCUGAAGCAGAGUCGUCCCACCGCCGUCGAUCUCACCAACGCCAUUAACCAGCUCAAGGCGCGGAUACGCACGUCUGGUGAAACCAAGGCGUCUAUUAUCCAGGGAUUUAUCGAAGAAGCCGAGAACAUCUUUGAAAAGGACCUCAAGACAAACCUUGCCAUCGGGGAUUACGGCGCCGAGUGGCUCAAGACGCAAGUUGGCGCGACAUCAGAUAACACCGUUUCCGUUCUCACACAUUGCAACACCGGCUCGCUGGCAACAUCCGGCCACGGAACGGCACUUGGCAUUAUUCGAACCCUGCAGGCAAAUGGCCAACUACGACAUGCGUUCUGUACUGAGACCAGGCCAUACAAUCAAGGCAGUCGCCUCACUGCCUUUGAGCUGGUCUAUGAAGGCAUCCCCAGCACCCUGAUUACUGAUUCCAUGGCCGCAUCCCUAUUUCGCACUAAGAAGGCUGAGAAGAACAUUGUGGCUGUCAUUGUCGGCGCCGACCGAGUUGUUCGGAACGGUGACACUGCCAACAAGAUUGGGACGUACCAACUGGCCGUGCUCGCGAAGCACCACGGCAUCAAGUUUUUGGUUGCGGCGCCGACUACCAGCAUCGAUCUGGAGACGGAAACGGGAAAUGGCAUCAAGAUUGAGGAGCGCAAGCGGGAGGAGCUGACCCAGGUGACUGGUGCUGUCAUCAAGGCUGAUGGCAAGGUGGAUGAGAGCACAAAGGUCAGAGUUGCCACGGCCGAUCAGAGAAUCGAGGUGUGGAACCCCGCGUUUGAUGUUACGCCAGCUGAGUUGAUUGAUGCCGUGGUGACUGAAAAGGGGGCAGUCGAGAAGGGACCCGAUGGCAAAUUCGACUUUAGCAAGAUAAUGCCAGAACGGUGGGCAAAAGUGGCUGGGGUGUGA